GUGUAUAUAUAUAUAUAUAUAUACAAAGCUUCUUUUAUCCCUCAAAAACCACCCAAAUCUUAUCUUCUUUCUCAUUAUUGAUUUGGCUAAAGGGCAGAGGUCGACAUGGGCCAGUCAUUGAUGAAAUUGUCUCGAGAAAACAGGCAGAACAAGGAAAAGGAGAUAGGGUGUACAAUAGGAGAAUGCUAUGACAAGUUUUUUGUAGAUACUGAAGUCUGGGAAUUGGCUGAUUUCUACAGAGCAGUUUGCCAAACUGUUGAUGAGAUCAACAAGAAGAUUAAAAGCACACAAUUCCGAACCCCAGAUGCUGAGAAACUCAAGGAAGUGUAUCAAAUUCACUACAAAGAUAAAGGUAAACACCUGACAAAGGAAGAGUUUCAGAAAAUCCUCCAAGAAGUGAUAAUUCACACAGGGUUUACAGGUUUUGGAUCAAAAGACAUUUUUCUUUUCCUCUUCGGAGUUCCAGCAGCUGCCUUCUUUAUCAAGCAAAGGGUAGCUCCAAAAGCAGUUCCUAAUGAUGUCCUUAUUCCUACUGUCACCUCUGCCACAGUCUACCUUCUUGCCAAGCUAAAUAAGAUAUGAAAUAUAUGUAAUUUUGCCAAGCAGUUCCUAAUUGUUUGCUUCCUGUAUAUAUUAAGAUUAUUUACUUGAAAGAGUUUGUUUCUUAUGUAAAUUGAUAAGAGUUAAAUGAGAAUUUAAAUUUAAAAAAAAUGUAAGAAGUGGAUCACUUCAAACUAUAUAUUUCUUUUUCAAAG